UCUUCAUCAACACUCUACUCGAAUUAUAGCUGUUGUGUCUUAACCUAUAAUCUCUUUGCAGCCUAUGCCGAGGCUGCCACACUACAGCUGAAACGUAAAACCUCACUGACAAAACUUUUCUAUGCCGCCAGUGGUUGCUGGGGGCCAACAGCAGCCGGUCUGCGGCGUCACAAUGAUAUGAGCAGUAUUUGUUAUCUAAUACUGAUGGCCUUUGUCUAUUGGGGUGUUAUGAUACGGGCAGCGGUGGCCACGAAUUUGGCUAACAAUAAUACACACUACGUGGCAACAACAAAUGUCGUGGAUGCCGCCUCAACUCUAAAUGCCACAAUGGAAAAUUUCCCCAAUAAAGAUUUUCCUCUAAAUUCACAAAUCUUUGACCAAUUUCCGACACACACAAAUGCCAGCAGAGCAGUAGCAACAGAUCUGAAUAGUAGUAAUACGUCUUCAAAUUCUCAAGCUUUUCUAUCUUUAUCUACUUCUUCUUCUUCGUCACCGUCGUCGUCGUCACCUAUCUCUUUGGAUAUUUUAAGCAAUUAUCAACGACGCCUAUUAACACGUCGUGAAGCCGCCAAUGUGCCUGAUUUUGAUGAUGAUGAUUCCAGUUAUCAUGAUGAUGAAUUUGAUGAAUAUGAAACGUUAAUUCGUAAUAAAUCUGCCAAAGGUAAAUAUAUCGGUGCCCCAUGCAAUAAUAUGACAUGUGAGCCCACUUUGUUGCAUGUCACCUGUGAUAAGGAGACACAAAUAUGCGGCUGUGAAAAAGGUUAUCCCGUAACAAUUGGUUUGACCAGAGGAUGUGAUAAACCCAAAAAACUGGGCGAAAUGUGUUUCUAUGACGAGACAUGCCAGUUCAAUGAUGAAAACUCCCUUUGUGUUCAGGUGCGUCACAAUGCCAUGUGCCAGUGUGUGAAUGGCUAUCAUUCGGUGAGCUUAAAUAAACCAUCACGUCGUGUCUUCUGUACUCCAGAUCUAGACGAAUUAAAUUCCGAUCUGCCAACACUGUUGGGUGUAUGCGUCGGCAUUGGAGUACUGGCCGGUCUAAUAUGCAUGGUUCUGCAUCUGUUUAGUAAAACCAAAUAUCCAAGGCAUCGGAAUUUCGGUGAUGCGAAUUUACCGCCACCUAUAAUGUAUUCAAGUGAAACAGGUAUUCACCAUCAACGCCAUUACACAGUGCAAUCCGGUCGUCCAUCAUCACGUUCGAGUAUACGCUCCAGUGGCGGCUCAAUCGGUUCCUAUGGCAAUCGUCGUUCGUCCACGGGUGGUGUUACAUCAACAACGGCCGGUUCCAAGGGCAUACUGGUAUCGACGUCACGCACAGGUUCUCGAAGACCAAGUCUAGCAUCUGUCCAUAGUACAAGUUCGUCCGUUCGCAGUUAUAGUAUGAUGCGUUUCGAAAAGGAACAGCAACAGAAGGAGAUACGUCAUGAGAUGAAGUUGCGCUUGGCCCGUUUGCAACAGCAGCAACAACAACAGCAAUUGGGCCAAUAUAAACCGCAAAUCAUAAUUGGCGAUACGGCCAUGACAAUGCAACAGCAUGGUGUGGCCUUGAAUCGGAUAACAAUGGCCACGCCCAGUCCCAUGACACCGAACUCAACGGAUGAACUAUUGCCGGCGGUGGAUGAGAAUUCUGAGUAUCCCCCCACAAUGGAACCACAACAACAACAACCAACACAAAAAACCGCCUGCCCCGAAUCGGUGGCAUCGGCAACCAUAAGUGCUAUAAAAAAUGCUGCUAUCGGCCCGCAAUCAACGGGUGCCAGUCCCAAACGACAACAGACAACUGCAACAACAACUGGUAAAGCUAUCAGUUCCAGCUCCGCUAACGCUGCCGCCGCCGCCGCUGCUGCUGCUACGACUUCAACAGCUGAUAUGGCUAAUGCUGCUGCUUAUAUAGGACCCUGCAGUUCAUCAACGGAAGCGCUUUAA